AUGAGUGACGAGGCAAUUCUUUAUAAAAGAAGGCAGAAGUUUUCUGAAGAGGCCCGCCAAGCAAUACUCAACGAUCAACUCAAAGAUCACGCUCUGUUGAGCCGAUCUCACCGCACCAGUGACAUCCUCCAGGAUCUAUUACACGACGAAAAUGCGAGACUAAAACUGUUGCAAGAAAUCGAGAAACAGGAGCUGAUUGACCCAGAUGGGAACUUAGUGGAACGUGGACUGCGGAAGCUUAGAGAGGUUAUUGUUGCAGCAAAACCCAAAUCCCGUCGAAAACCAGCUUUUGUUCACUUAGCCAUCCAAGUGUACAUAAAAACAAUCCGCUUCUAUUGUAGACGCCGCGAAAACCACAAAAGCUUGCCAGGCUUGCGAUUUUAUGUCGAAAAUCUACUGGAGAACGCAGAUCCGCGAGACCAGCAGCGUUCGCAUGAGUUGAUCGCAUGCUGCGCGCUUUAUAUCGCCCAUAGCGAACAAGACAUUUUGCGGUGCCUCGAACUUUUGAAAAAGCAUCUAUAUGGAAAUAAAAUCUAUGACCAUUGUCGAGUGCUGGCAUCUGUGUAUUGCCUGCGAAGUGAACCUCCGUGCGUUUGGUUUGCAACUGUUUCUCAAUUCCCUGACACUUCACUAGUACGAAGCUUCUUACUGACUCUUCCAGCAUUUCACGAAAUGCAAAGAAGAACUAUUAAGGUCAUAUGCACUUGUUAUAACCAGUUAUCACUAUCCUUUAUCAGCUCCUACUGGUUCCAUCACCUGUGGGAAGACAUAGAGUCCUAUUUGAUCGACCACUGGGCUAUAGAAGUUUAUGAAAAUGGCAGCAAAGUUGCAAAAUUCAAAAAACAAAAGGUGGAAGGUUCGUGCAAGCGGUAG